UCUCCUCCCUUCCUCGGGGAGCAGGGGGAGUUACCCCUUCCAAAAACCCUAAUCAAGUGUGCCUUUGUUAGCAGUUUACAAAGCUUCCACUGAGCGUGGUUUGCGUGCCCUGAAUUUGUAAUGGAAUUUGAGGGCAGGAGAGGACAGUGAACCUCCUUUUGGGUGGAAACCAUUCUCCUGUGCAGCAGACUUGAAGCCUGGGGCAAUCCAGUUGAAAGGAGGACUGAUGAAUCCACUUCCAGCCCAGUAAAACAUGGAGAGGAAAAACCCGUCCAGGGAGAGCCCCAGAAGACUCUCGGCCAAACUGGGCAAAGGCACAGAGACGAAGAAGGCGGCUCGUCAACACGGCAUGGCAGCCGCUGAGUCAGAUAAGGACUCCGGAUUUUCAGAUGGGAGCUCAGAGUGUCUGAGCUCGGCAGAGCAGAUGGAGUCCGAGGACAUGCUGAGCGCCUUAGGCUGGAGCCGAGAAGACAGGCCAAGGCAGAACUCCAAGACCGCAGGCAGUGCCUUCCCCGCGCUGUCCCCAAUGGUCGUCAUGAAGAAUGUGCUGGUCAAACAGGGCAGCAGCUCCUCCCAGCUCCAGUCGUGGACCGUCCAGCCGUCCUUCGAAGUGAUCUCCGCGCAGCCGCAGCUCCUGUUCCUCCAUCCGCCCGUGCCGUCUCCCGUGAGCCCCUGUCACGCGGGCGAGAAGAAGUCGGACUCCAGGAACUACUUGCCCAUUCUGAAUUCUUACACCAAAAUCGCCCCCCACCCAGGCAAAAGGGGCCUUUCCCUCAGCCCAGAAGAGAGAGGAGAAAGUGGGAUGCAGAAGAAAGUCUGUACCGAGAGACUUGGGCCGACCUUGCCUUCCAGCGAGCCCACCAAGCCUGGCGCCGUGCCCCCCAGCCCCCCGGCGCCGGCACCCCCGGGCGCCAAGCUUGCGGAGGACUCGGCUCUGCAGGGCGUGCCCUCUCUGGUGGCAGGUGGAAGCCCGCAGACUCUUCAGCCGGUGUCCAGCAGCCACGUGGCUAAAGCCCCCAGCCUGACCUUUGCUUCCCCCGCCAGCCCGGUGUGCGCGGCAGACAGCACGCUGCACGGCUUCGAGAGCAGCUCCCCGCUGUCGCCGCUGGCCGCCAGCUACAGCUCGCCCCUGUGGGCCGCCGAGCACCUGUGCCGCAGCCCCGAGCUCUUGGCCGCCGAGCAGCGGCAGAGCAAGCACAGGCGCUUUCAGAAUACCCUGGUCGUGCUCCACAAGUCCGGUCUGCUGGAGAUCACGCUGAAAACCAAGGAGCUGAUCCGUCAGAACCAGGCGACCCAGGUGGAGCUAGACCAGCUGAAGGAGCAGACCCAGCUGUUCAUCGAGGCCACCAAGAGCAGGGCUCCUCAGGCCUGGGCCAAGCUGCAGGCAUCUUUAGCCUCGGGCUCUAGGCACACCGGCAGUGAGCUGGAGGCGUUCUCCGACCACCCAGACAUGUAACCCAGAAGGCAUAUUUUCCCGUGACUUGAGUGGUUCUUUUUAACUCUUUGGCUGUUUCUACUCCUGUCUCCCACAGCUUAUGUAAGAGCUUUUCCUUCUACACUUCGACUGUUGGGCAGCUCACUUAGGAAGCCACAUGCCAGUACCUGGCCGCUGUCUUAACCUGUGGUCUGUGCACAGUUUACAUACGGCUCUGUUCCUCUGAGUCCCCGAGGACUUGUGAAUGCUGAGUCCCCUUUCCUUAGCCUGCAGGUGCUUAGAUGGGUCACGGGGCAAAGCAGAAGAGAUGGUUGUGUGGGGCUGUCGCAGCUGUCACCGCCCACCAUCCCACACACUGUGAACAAGGGCACAGUGACAGGGAGGAGCACACAGAGUGACACCUGUCAAGCCAGGGAGUAGGUGACAGAAGGAUCCCUUUGUGGAGCUUCCCUCGAAUGUCUUAGUCACAGACAGAAAGAGGAGGCGAGCUUGCGUUCCACAAGGCAUCGUGCCAUCUGGGCAAACACUAAAGUGCCGCGGGCACAGGUUGGGCCGAGGGUGCACGCACUGAGCCACGUGACGCUCUGUCUUCCUAAACUGGAAAGUCGAGGGAAGAGGGUCGCACCAGUGAACUCUUACACUUUAAUCACAAGCCAGAUUUCUCCUCACUUAAACUGGUAGGCAAAAUACUUCAGAUUUUUAAAAUAUGGAAUGGAUUCAGUACCAUCUGGAAUUGUAAUUGCUGAAUUGCUUUUUUGACUUAGACUCUGAAGAAAGUAGACAUAGCCAGCAUCUCUUGGUUGGGAGUUGGAGGAUUCUGGAAAUGUAUGCUCCCACCCCCACCCCUGCCUCUUUUUGAAACAAUGCAACCUGUUUUAUGUGUGAAAAU